AUGAACACUCUGAAAAGAUAUGAAGAGCUUCAUGGAAUAUUGAUCCUAGUAAAGACCAACGAAGCACGUCUGACUCCCACAAUUCAUUUCUGCUUCGAGGAGCUAUUGUCCCAUCUCCAUCGCAGUGCUGUUGCAAACGUCGUCUUUGGAUUCACACAUACCCUCAUCUCCAACUAUGCUCCAGGGGAUGCUCUCGGGCCGCUUCAACGCUUCCUGAAAGGCAACACAACUGUUGACCUAACAGUAAGCCGCGUAAACACGUACAGCUUUGAUGCGAAAAGCUUCCAUUACCUGGCUGCGUACUUUCACGCUGUCAAAGGCCAAGGCGAGAGAAGCUCCCGCGAGAGUUGGGAUAGAUCGAGAGCAGAAACUUUAAGGCUUCUUUCGUACAUAGACAACCUCAAACCACAUGAGAUCAGGCAAACUCUCACCAUGGAGGGCGCACGCGAAGCGCUUGGUCAUUUGAUGAUUCCCAUGUUUGAGGUCUCCCAGGAGAUCAGAAAGAAUUUGAGCCUUCUGGAAGAAAAGAGGGCGGAGUUGAAUGAUAUGCGUCUGACGGGAGAUGAACUACGAAAGAGACUUCAUCUAGAAAGGAUCAAGGUUGUUCCUACAAAGCUCGAUAAGCCUCGGACUGUGUGCAAGAACAAGCACUGCUGCGAGUUCAAGUCCAAUUCCAGCGGCGAGGUUGUCACGUUCUACAGGUCAAUCUGUCACGAAGAUUGCAGGCUACCAGGUGUAACCGAAGAAUAUGUGGGCCAUCCAGAACUCAUCAAAUGCAAGGCUUUCAAGGAGACCAAAGACAAGAGUUGUAGAAGUUGCAAGCAUAGUUGGCAGGAGCACAUGCAUUUCUUCUACGAACUGACCGAGAGCAAGGUCAGGGUCAAGGAUAAAGACGUUGAGCGACGCCUCCAAGACAACGCAAGCGAUAUGGCCCUACGACAAGAGGGUAUAGAGCGAGUUCAACAGCUUGAGAGGGAAUACCGAAGUGAACAGAAACAGCUACGAAAGGCCACGGCGCAGUUUGUUGCAUAUCUGAGAGAGCAUUCUGCCAAUGCCUUUAAUGAUGCGACUGAGAAGUAUUACGACCAAUUCAUCAAGAUUGAGACAGGCAAGAUCCAGUACGGAAAGAACAACAAAAUAAACGUUGAUGUGAACAAGAUAAAGCUUAAGGGUUUGACAGAUGACAGAGAUAGGCAUCUCGAGCUAGUCAAGACGAUCCAGGAAAACAUGCAUACUCCUCGUGACCAUACGGAGGCGCUUCUAACUCAAGACGGGGUCGAGCAGCUCAUCAGGGAUUUGUAUAAUCUUAAGCACUUUGGCAAGAGUUUGAGGGGUCUGAGAGAUGGCAUUACUCAUUACAAGGACUAUGACAAGCAGUCGUAUCAUCGUCGUCGGUCUCGGUCUCGAAGUACUGAGACGCGUGAGGAUGUAAGUGACAGGUCUAAGAUGAGCGUGAGGAAUCGAGACGGAACAGGGGAAUUAUUCGAGGACUCCAUAAAUUUCUGUCCGAUUUUUAGAUCCAUUGGGGAUAAUACGGUAAGCUGA